AACACGGAGUACACUGCGAGGGUCGAGGAUGUGUCGAUAUAUCGUGCUCGAGAGCUGCGGUAUCGAAUAGCGAUUGUCGAUUGUCGACUGUUGUCCUCGAGAGCUCGGCGGACGCACGCGGUCGCGCGCGGUGACUGUCCUAACCUAACUAGAAUUUCUUCCCGUGCGGAUUGCGUGUGGAGCUGGUUGGGAGAAGAGGGAAUAAAACGCUUGGACUCGAACAACUUUAUUCCGAAGACAGCCCGAUCACGUUAGCUUCGCCAUUUGGUGGGACGCGGCGAAGAGAAGGAAGCGAUUUGGUUACCUCGUGUUUGUGAAUUGUAAAUCUGCUUACUGCAAGCUUUACAAUUCGCAGCCUGUAUCCGUGAUCGAUUCACGUGAAAAUGGGCAGACCACUUUACGGUCAAAGAAACGACAUGGGGAAGAAGAAAUUGUCUUGGAUGUAUCGAAAGAAGGCGAAGUUGAGAAAGGCGCAAAAUCCCGAGGCGAAAAUAACUGACACUGCGGAUGAAAAUGGUCAGAAUUCUCGAAUAAUCGUGAGGAAUUUACCUUUCAAGGCGACAGAAGAGGACGUUAGAAGGCUGUACGAGCCAUUUGGUCAAAUCAGAGAAGUAAACCUUCUAAAGCGUCCUGAUGGAAACCCAGUAGGUUGCGGUUUUGUAAGCUUCAAACGUGUCGAAGAUGCUUCAAGAGCGAUAUUUAACACCAAUAAAAAGGAGUUUCUUGGAAGGAAUAUAAGCAGUAACUGGGCUAUACCAAAAUCCAAAUUCUGUGAGAAAUUUGAAAAAGGUCUUGCUGAAAAUCAGGAAACGCACGUCGCUGACGACGAAGGACAGUCUCCUCAGGACGCUCAGAAAGAAGACGCUGACGAUAGUAUUGCUCGGAAAAAGAUUGCAAAGGAGAAGAAUAAUUUGAAGAAUCAAAGGAGGAGAAAACUUCAUAAGUUAACGAAACAGAAGAAACGAGCUAGGGUUGUAAUAAGGAAUUUAGCUUUCCAGGUUACGGACGAUAAUUUGAGGGAACAUUUUUCUCAAUAUGGUGAGAUAGAAGAGAUAAAGAUUUUAACCAGACCCGAUGGUAAACAGACUGGAGUUGCGUUCUUGCAAUUUAACCGUGUACAAAAUGCUGCAAAGGCUAUACAUUACGCGAAUAUGGAACUUCUUUUAAACAGGCCUAUGAUUGUCGACUGGGCUGUUCCUAAAACAAAAUUUUCCCAAACCAGCGCAGACGUGAAACCGGAAAUCAAAACUGAACCUAUUGACGAAGACGAAGUGCAGAAUACUACGGACAUAAAUGCAUCUCAUAGCAGUGAGAAUAAAGUCGGUGAUUCAGAUCCUGAAUCAGAUAGAGACGUUACGAUGGACAGUAUAAAAGAAGAAUCUGAUGAAGAAGAAGAAAAAGUGCAUGAAACAGAGGAUACCGAAGAUGAAAGUGAUGACAAUAACGAUGAAAGUGACGUUGAUGUGAAGAUUAUUAAGACGGAAGAUGACAGUGAUGAGGAAGGGAGUUCUAAAUUUACAAAACGUCCAAGUCGAGUGUCUAAUGAUGUUAAUGAAGGGAAAACAGUUUUUCUAAAGAACCUGCCAUUCUCUGUUAAAAAUGAGGAACUUCAAAAGUACAUGGAGCAAUUUGGACCGGUCUAUUAUGCUCUUGUGUGCAUGGAUCCUCUAACCGAAUAUUCUAGAGGCACUGCAUUUGUUAAGUUUCGGCAUGUUGAAGAUGCCGAAAAAUGUUUGUCGGCUGGUACCAACUUACGUCUACGGGAUCAAAUAAUCGAGGCCCACAAAGCAUUACACAGAAAAGACGUUGAAGAUAAAAAGAGUUUAAAGGAAAAACGGAUAAAAGACUCUAGGAAUUUAUAUCUCAUUAAGGAAGGGGUUGUGCUGGCCAAAAGUUCAGCUGCGGAGGAAGUAUCGGUAUCCGAUAUGCAAAAACGUCUCAAGUUAGAGCAAUGGAAGUCGCAGAUGUUGCGUAACUUAAAUAUGUUCGUAUCGCGGGUGCGACUGGCUGUUCAUAAUUUACCUCCCAAUUUGGAUGACGCAAAACUUAGACAAUUGUUUAAAAAUCACAGUGGUCCUAAGGCUAUAAUUAGAGAGGCCCGAGUUAUGCGCGAUUUGAAAAAUAUUGACGCGAGUGGUAACGGAAAGUCGAAGGAGUAUGGUUUCGUUGCGUUUACCACUCAUGAAGACGCGCUUAAAGCUUUGAGAAGUAUAAACAACAAUCCAAAUAUAUUUUCCAAAAGUCGAAGACCUAUAGUUGGAUUCUCGAUAGAGAAUCGUAUCUUGGUAAACGCGAAGGAAAGAAGAAUUCAGAAAAGUCGUGACAGCAAUCCCUUGUGGCCUGGAAAUAAAAAUAAAAGGAAAAAUGAAGAUGACACCAAGAAGGAAGUUCCAGCUAAACGAGUUAAAGUCAGAAAAUCAAAUGAUACAGAGGAAAAACUGUAUGCUGGCUUGACCAGCAAAUUAGGCCAGGAUAAAUUAAGAUCAAAAUUCAAUCUCAAGUCACAAGGCGAAUUACACACGCAGACUCUAAAGAAGCAGAAGAAAUUGAAUAAAGCAACUAAACAAUUGGAAAUUAUAAAGAAAGAAAAAGCCCAGAAAAGAAAGGACAAUAAGCCAAUGAAACAAACGAAGAAAUUUAACGCAGAUGAUGCAAACUUUAAUAAGAUUCUAAAUAAUUAUAGAAACAAAUUGAAAGGAAUUAAUUUGAAACAAUCGAAAUGGUAUGAAUCUUCGAGCGGGUCUUAAUAUACGGUAAAACAAAUUUAAUAAUAUUUAAGAAUAAUAUGAAUAUUCGAUUGUUUAGUACAUAUCGUAUGUAACAUAUGUAUUCUGUAAUAUACAAGCCAAAACAAUUA